AUGCCGACGGGCAGUGCGGAUGUCUACGGAAAUACUGUUCAAUUCUCGAUCUACGAUGUGCCGGGUUCACCUGAAUACCAGUCGUUAGCGGCUGGAGUCUACGCCGGCAUUGAGGUGGCCAUUCUCUGUUUCGACGUGACCAACCAAGCAUCUUUCGACGGUCUCUCAGCUUGGAUUAGUAGAAUAAACGCUGGGCUGCCCUCAAAAGGGGUGAAGGUGCUGGUGGGUCUGAAGGGAGACUUGACGAGACAGGUGCAGUUGGAGACUGCUCGCAGCUUCGCGACUCAGAACGGUUACAUGUACUUUGAGGCCUCUGCUAAGACCGGUCAAAAAGAUGUUAACGAGGUAUUCUGCAGGAGUGCUGCCAAGGCGCUUGAUAUACCGCUGCCACCUCCGCCAGUAAGUGCAACAACCUUCCUCUGCUCCCACGCUUCAAAUCCUCAAGAUACCACAUCAGCUGCUCGUCCCUCAAAACAGCAUUGA